UCAAUUGAGCCGAACGAUCAGAGAUCAGAGCAGCCAAGUACCGCUUAAUGCGCAAAUAAUUGCGAUUCCCGAAAAAUCGGAAAACGGGGUUACUCUGAGGCCUCCAAUAUAAAUACGGCCAGAACCAUCGAGGAGCGGCACCAAAGUCAUCCGGAGCACCGAACGAAAUGCUGCGUGAGAUCUGCCUUUUCCUUGUCAGCUGUGUGGCCUUCGAGGCUGCCCUGGCCUGCAAUGGCUACAAGGCCAAGCUGGUGAAGAUGGAGAACUGUGCUGGCGAGGAUGCCAUUAUGACCGUCGGGAGUGACUUCAGCCUCAAGCUGAACAAGAAGUGCGAACUCGUGCCCUCGGGCUGCAUUAUCAACAAACCCUUCGGCACGGCAGUGGCCAAGUUCAAGGUCCAGAAGGACGGCAUCGUGAUGAAGGAGGGCAAGAUGGACCUGUGCGCCGCCAUGGAUCAGGCCUCCUCCGAGGCCAAGGACAUGCUCAAGCUCUUCGGGGCCCCCUCCACCUGUCCCGUGGCCGAGGAGAAGGUCUGCGCCAAUGACCACACGGUGGACCUCACCAAGUACAAGGCAAUGUUGGGCAUGGCUCGCGGCCACCUCAUCAUUGACUCUGAGAUCAAGCAUGACACUGGCAAAUCCUGCUUCCACGCCGAGAUCGAGCUUACCAAGAACUGAGAGCGGAGCUUGGACCAUUAACACGAGCUGGGAAGGAGGUCUUAUGUUUAUAUUAUGAGUCUUGCAAAUUCACUUAGCUUGUAAAUACGAAUACAAUUAAAAAACUGGUAACUGGUGCGCACUCACAAAAAAUAAACA